GUCAACGAAAAUACUUUAUAAUGCGCUUAUAUUGGGAUCCAGAUGCUUGCUGGACCUGACGAGACAGCUCAACGUCCGGUGAACGAUCUACACCAUGCUCGGCCAGACCUUGCCGAGCUUCAGCGCAGGGAAAUUGAAAUUCUUGAAGGGAGAGCCAACUGAUAUACCACCCAAAGGGCACCCAGCUGUGAUCGAGCUCUGGGCAACAUGGUGCGGCCCAUGCCGCAUGGUGUUCCCGCAUCUCUCGGAACUUGCCCGCGCAUACAAGGACAAGGGCCUGAAAGUGGUGAGCAUCUGUGUGGAGCAAGACUCGCCAGCGCUGCAGCAGUUUGUGGACCAGCAGGGCUCCAAGAUGGACUACACGGUAGCAGUGGAUCCCAGCGGUGAGGCGGGGCAGCAGCUGAUGGCGGCAGCGAAGGUGUCAGGCAUUCCACACGCCUUUGUGGUUGAUCGAGAUGGCGUUGUGCGCUUCGGUGGCCACCCUAUGGAUCCCGGCUUCGAGGCAGCCAUCAAGAAGGUGGUGGACGGGGCACCUGCCCCCAAGCAGGAGAAGCCAAAACCGGCGCCGGUGAGUCAGAGCAGGGAGGAGCUGUCCGGGCUGCCGGUGCGCGAGCUGAAGGGCAUGCUGCAGGAGAGGGGCGUAGGUAUGACCGGCAUCGCUGAGAAGGGGGAGCUAGUGCAGCUCAUCCUGGACCGCUGCACGUGAUAAAAAAAGGCCAUGGCCAUCAUGAUGUAUACUAUAUGUAGUACAUGUUGGGACUCAGAAACGCAUGCUAUGGAUUGUUGCAUUGGCUUGGAGUGGCAUUGUGGGUGCUUGAGACAGAAGAUUGUGAAAGCCAGAACCAGCAGGGAUAAAGCGAAGGGAACUGCAAAAACACCUGUGUCAGCUGUGCAUGUGCGUGUACCAAAGUGAACUGCCGCUUGCAGUUCGAUCACUAUUAGCCUAACAGAGCUUUUCUGGAGCGUGUAGGAUACCAGGAACACUCUGAUCGUGCUGCGACUUUGUUUGUGCUGUAGCAUAAGAAAAACUUUAGUGAGAAGGACCUAGCUAGGCCUGGAAAUGCCGUGUGAGAUAAACACCUGCCAGAUGUCUCUUGGGCUUGUGGCCCAGUGUCAGAGUACCCGCAUCUGUAAACAAUUUGAAUGC